AUGGAGCACCGGACCCUCGAUGACCAAGCAUUUCUGCUUGACUCGGUAGAGCGUGCAUUUCCGUCGUUUCUACAGCCAGAGUCAGGCGGUAGUCCGCCUCUCAAUAGGCUCCACGACAGCAGACCGUCGAGUGGGCAGAAGCGCAGCCUGGCUACAUCCAGGACUGCUCAGUCGUACCCCCGAAAACGAGCGGUGACAGCAUGUCAGACUUGUAGGGCCCGCAAAAGCAAAUGCACUAACGAAAGACCAACAUGCUCAGCAUGCGCUGCGAUUGGGGCAAACUGCUCCUAUACAGACCACACAGAUCCAUCUUCUUUCGAUCCUGCAAGCUUACUACUUCUCGAGAAGUUGAACGAAGUGCUUGCCAAGUUGAACUCCCUUCAUUCUACACCACCUUUAGCUCCGGUAGCUAAGAGCCUUACUCUCACAACGCCGCCUCAGGUCCAUUCAAUCGAAUUCAACCCAACACCGUCCACGGAGAAUGUGGACGAGCUGACCUCGCAAGAGCAAUUGUUUCCGGCUGCAGGAAGAACAAGUGCAGAUGCGGUUCUCAGAUGGCCCGUGUUUGAAACCCAGCCUUGGGAUCUUACUUUUCUGAAUCAUAUCUGGGCAAACUCCGAAGGAAAUCCAAUUUCGCCAGAUCUAUUACCCCAAGGUCUGGGGGCUCGCCAUGGCUCCCAACCUUUGCAAGUCUCUAUGGAAAAUGCGCCGAGAAUAGUCAAUGACUUCUUCCGCUAUGUGCAUCUGAAGAACCCGAUCCUCGAAGGGAGGACGAUUCGUGAGGGAGCGAGGCGCCUCGCCGAGGAUGGGCCUCAAUGGGAUGCAAACUCUUGCCUUGUGCUCCUUACAUGUGCCUUGGGUACCAUUGCAAAACCAUUUGAUUCGGAGCCAUUCGAUUUGGGUGAUGAAAAUGCACAUCAUUCAUCCAUAAGUCGCGACUGGGAUAGUCGGAAAAUCGCUGAUGACUAUUUUUACCUCGCGAGGAAACGCUUCGGACUUCUCGGUCGUAAUGUCAUAGCCUGUCAAUGCUAUCUUCUCUCUGGAAUAUAUUACAUGUACACAUUGCGACCGUUACAAGCGUGGAGUGACUUCGCCCAAGCCUCGGCAACUUUUUUCCUGUACCAAAAAAGGCAGUUGGCCGUCCACGCGCUGGCGGCAGAUCAAACCGCCGAAGUAGAUCCAUCAACCCGUCGCUUGGAACAAAGGUUAUACUGGACAUGUUUCAAAUCCGAGUGUGAGAUUCGUGCUGAGAUUCCCGUUCCGAAGUCUGGGAUAUCUGAGCUUCAUUAUCCAUAUAUGUUCCCGUCCCCACCCACCACCCCAGGAACACCGAUCGAAGGUGGUUUACAAGCUAUUGGAGAUACACGGUCAAUCUUGGCUGGAUGUACGCCCACAAGCGAGAUUAGCGAGAACCUCGAAGAACAAUCUUGGUUUUACUAUUUGGCCGAAAUUGCACUGCGAAGAAUCGGAAACCGCAUAAUUCACGCAUUCUAUUCAUCAGACCACGAGUCCUGGGCCGACUUUGACGUGACUGAGUUCAUCGCAAUGGCAGAGGGAUUCGAACAUGAGCUUGAAGCAUGGCAACAGUCGCUACCAGAACCUAUCCGCUUCUCUUGCCCCGACGGUAGCGCCAUAAAUCCUUUGAAUGAGCUCCGCUUCAUGAACCGCGGACGAUAUUUUGAUCUUCAAUUCAUGCUUUACCGACCUUUCCUGUACUAUGCCAUCCACAACCAAGGCGAUACUACUCCAUCUCGUCUAAAUCGAUAUCUCGUGCAGCCAUAUGCUCAAAAGGCGCUCAAAAGCUGCCUCAGACGAAAUGAUGGAGUAGGGCUUCUCCACCGUCACCAUGGUACUUGGUACACAACUCGCAGUGCAGUGACGACUAUCUUGCUUAUUAUUGCAGCAAAAACAAGCGGGAAGGUGCCCGUAGAGCCCUUGGCAGAUUAUCAGCGCGCCAUUGAUCUGGGCAUGCGAGAGCUGGCAUUUUGGUGCCAUGAGUCGCCUGAUUUCAGGCAGCCACUGAAUGUCCUUGAGAGGAUGCUGAAAGAUAUUGGGCUCUGCUAA